AAUGCAACGCCUCCCGAACCGUCUCGUCUCCUCCCUCCUCGCCGCCUUCUCCCUCCGCCACGGCCACGGCCGCCGCCUCCGUACCUCCGCCACAUCACCUCCGGCCCGCUUCGACGCCGAGAGCUACCUCGUCGCCACCUGCGGCCUCACACCAUCGCAGGCCCUCAAGGCGUCGAAGCACCUCUCCCACCUCGAGACCCCGGACCAGCCCGACGCCGUGCGCGCCUUCCUCGCCGGCCUCAGCCUCUCCAAAGCCGAUGUCGCCGCCACCAUCGCGCGGAGCCCGCGGUUCCUCUGCUGCAGCGUGGAGGAAUCUCUCGCCCCACGCGUCUCCCAGCUCCGCGACAUCGGCCUCUCCACUCCCCAGAUCGCCCGCCUCGUGCCGCUCGUCCCCUACGCCUUUGUCAGCGCGGUGUACGUCUCCCGGCUCGAGUUCUUCAUGUCCUUCUUCGGCUCCUUCGACAGGCUGCACGCCGCCAUUAGGAGGGACGCCAGGCUCCUCACCCGCAGCGUCGAGAGAGUGGUCGGGCCAAAAGUCGCGUUGCUGCGCCAGUGCGGCCUAGCUGUUCGUGACAUUGCCUACGUGGUCUCCCUGGCCCCGCGGCAGUUCGCCGGGUCCCAGGAGCGCCUCGAGGCCUCCAUAAAGCGCGCCGAGGAGCUCGGCGUGCCCCGGGGCACACCCAUGUUCCGCCACGCCCUCGUCGUGGCAUACACUAUCCGGCGGGAGAACGCCACCUCCAAGAUGGAGCUGCUCAAGUCUCUCGGCUGGUCCAGCAGCCAGGUCGCGAUGGCGGUGGCCAAGAUGCCGUGCAUACUGGGCAGCUCCGAGGACCGGUUGCGGCGUGCGAUAAGUUUCCUAACCAAGGACGCCGGCAUGGAGGCGGAGGCCAUCGCGCGGGGGCCAUCGCUGCUCAAGUUCAGCAUCGAGCGGAGGCUGGCGCCCCGGCUCAAGGUGCUGAAGCUUCUCAAGGAGGAGGGGUUGCGGUUGGGCGAUCGGGCCUUCUACCCCGUGGCCUGUAUGAGCAGCGCGGCGUUUCUCAAUACCUUUGUGCGUCCUCACGCGACGAUCCUCCCACCCGAUCUCAUUGCUGCCUGUGCUGGGAAAGCGCCGGCCGGAGCUGCACCCUGAGAAGCCUGGUUGCAAAUGGAAGGAGUGUGGGGAAUUGCCGCGGUAGCGUGAGGAGGGAGAUGUUACUUUCACCUUGAAGAUGCCAUUUGUAUUGGCUCGGAGAGACUCAAUGCUAAUUUGCUGCUGUUUUUACAGUCCAUGUUUUAGUAUCGGAUGCUAUUUUCUGAACCUCGGUGAACCUGUGCUAGAUUUGCUAGUUAGUUAGUAUUCGACAUUGUUGUAAACCAGGAGGGAAGCUAUGGUGAUGAUCCACAUGAACCCUUUUUUGUUGGAGUAA